UUUAAGCGUGUAUGUUUCUUGCCAUUAUAUUCUCACUAUUACACAGCUGUAUAUAAUUCAAAGAAGUAGAAACAACAGAUGCAAGGAGAUAGGAAGUAAGAACAGCAACCCAUGUGCAUUCAAGAAGGCAUAGAAUCAUGGAAAGAAGAACCCUAGAGAAAAUUGAACUCAAGUUUCCACCCAAGGGCAAAACCAGGCUCAGAUGGACACAAGAACUGCAUGAACAUUUUGUCAAAGCAGUGAAUCAGCUCGGAGGACCAUAUAAAGCUACUCCAAAGAGUAUCAUGCACCUGAUGAACAUCUCGGAGAUUGGUUUAAACCAUCUAAAAAGUCAUCUCCAGAAAUACAGACUGAGUAAGUAUGAACAACUGAACACCAUGAUCUAUACGAGAGAAGCUGGGAUUCAUGGAAUAAGUCAUGGAACUAGAUACGAUCGAAAUACGCAUCACCAGAAAAACAAAUGCUUGGAGUUCCCGAAACUGACCAUUAUGCAGAGCGGAUUCCACGCACAGCUCGAGGCUCAAGGAAAAUCUCCAAUAGCAUACAUACCAUCAGCUUCAGGCUCAAGUAAAGCCAGAGAUCAGUUUUCCGAAGUAUAUCCACAAAAACCAUGUCCAUCAGGAGAUGGCGUAGAAAUGACCUGCAUCAUGGAGAAUAAUGAUUUACAUUGGCUGGAAUCACUUGAAGAGAAGAAUGACUUUCACAAUACGCUCCUUGCUCGAGAUGCAUCUGAUGAUUUAACCCUGAGAAUUGGAAUCCAUUGGAAAAGGGAACAAACAUCGGCCAGUUUCUCAAAACAGAAACCAGACGACAGACAACAAUCAAAGACAACUUAUAAAGAAUAAACACGUCUAGUCCUUUUAUAAGUCAACGCCCUGAAAGGUUUGUCGUUUUAUGAAUAAACUUGGAACCAUUUAACAUGGAAACACUGUCAACCAGAUGGAAUCAACAUUAAUAUGCAGUUGAUGCUGAUGACAAGAAAAAAUCAAGCAAAAUCAAACCACCAUUAUUAGCAUAAAAUAAGGAAAAACUUUAUUGAUCAAGUCUGGUUUGAGCUAUUGUAACUAAAAUACUAAGUAAUGUUUGUUCUAAGGCAGGGUUUCAGAGCCUGCUAGUCGUCUUUAUGAUGAUAUUGAAACAUAUAUAAG